UCUGGUACUGAAGUCUCGGAACCUGCUGUGUCCUCAUCCAUCCUUCUUGGAGAGCAGAGUGAGGCUGACGAAGAAACAGGGACCUGUCACCCGGAGCCGGGACACUGUCACACCCGUGCAUCUGCUUGUCCUGCUGGGCUCUGCAGACUUCAUCCCUCAUCGGUACCACUGGGGACCAUGGCAGAGAGCACCACCACCUUGACCUUCAUUGUCCUCCUGGGCCUUGGGCUGUGUCAGGGCCCGUGGGACCAGGUACAGGCAGGAGUGCUUCCCAAACCCUCCAUCUGGGCUGACCCAGGUCCCAUCGUCACCAAGGGGACCCCCGUGACCAUCUGGUGUCAGGGGUCUCUGCAGGCUAGUGCUUACGUUCUGUAUAAAGAGAGGGGCUCUGAGCCCUUGGAUACGAAGAGCCCACAGGACUCCAGCAUCAAGGCCGGUUUCCCCAUUGGAGCCACGACCCCAUCCCACCCAGGCCUGUACGAGUGUGCAUAUUACAGCACUGGGGACAUACUGUCAGAGCGGAGUGACCCCCUACUCCUGGUGGUGACAGGAAUGUACCCUGCACCCUACCUCUCAGCCCAGCCAAGCCCUGUGGUGGCCUCAGGAGAGAACGUGUCCCUCUCCUGUAGCUCAUGGUUCAUAUCGGGCCCUUUCCAUCUGCUGAAGGAGGGAGGGGCUGACCCGCCCCGACACAUGGAAGCAGAAUGGAGGAUCUAUGCUGGGAGGUGGCAGGCCAUCUUCCCUCUGGGCCCCAUGAGUGCCUUCCAUGGGGGUACCUACAGAUGCUAUGGUUCUUUCAGCUCCAAUCCCAACCUGUGGUCACAGCCCAGUGCCCCUCUGCACAUCGAGGUCACAGGUGUGCACAGGGAGCCCACCUCCUCGGCCCAGCCAGGCUCGCUGGUGCUGCCUGGACACAGCCUGACCCUCCAGUGCCACAUGGAGGCCGGCUUUGACACAUUCGCUCUGACCAAGGAGAGGGGCUCCUACCCCCCACCCCCAGCACCUCUUCUGUUUCAUUAG